AUGAAAAGGAAACUGCACCGUGCGCAACGGAAGCGUCCCCUUUCUAGCUUAGACACAAGCGACGAAGAAAACCACAAUUAUAGGCAAAGGUCAAGAACCCCACCAAGUGAGACCUUCUCCUAUGAGGAUGAACACCAUCAUAAAUGCAGCCACAGAAGUCCAACCCGUAAAGGCCUAGUGAACGACGCCAUGAGCAAGGCCCUGGAUCGAAUCUCCAAGUCACCCUUCACAUGCAAGAUAGAAUGGGCUGAGCUUCCUCGACGAUUCCACCAACCUACUUUCACUAUGUACAAUGGUCGAACAGUCCCCGUGAAGCACGUGAGCCAGUUCAACCGAAGGAUGGUCGUUCAUUCCAAAGAUGAGGCUUUGAUGUACAAAGCCUUCGGUUCUCGCUUCAUCACGAGCAGCAAGGUUCCUUGGCUUUUGGAUUCCCUCCUGCCUUUGUCCAUGCGAGAAGGGGAGACCCUAAAGGCCUACUCAGAUAGGUAUUGGGAGAUGUAUAAUGAAAUAGAGGGUAACUAUGAUGACGUCGCGAUCAGUACCUUUAAGAGCGGCCUCCCAACUGAGCACGGUUUAAGAAAAUCCCUAACAGGAAAGCCUAUCACCAGCCUACGCCAACUCAUGGACCGAAUCGACAAGCAUAAAUGGGUUGAAGAGGACCAGCAGUUGGGUAAGGGCAAAGUGAAGUUUGUCCCUCAAGAAAGGAGGGACUUCAAGUCAGACCGAUUUAACAACAACAACUAG